AACUCUCUUCUUCCUAAGCCUCCUCCAGUGAAGUCCCUACAACAUUCAUAUUCCCCUUGGUUCUGGGCAAAUACAGCGAAAAUGCUAACUGCGGAUAUACCUCCAAAUCAAACUAUUUACAUCAAGAACCUCAACGAGAAGAUCAAAAAAGAAGAAUUGAAGAGAUCCCUUUAUUGUUUAUUUUCUCAAUAUGGAAGGAUUUUGGAUGUUGUUGCCUUGAAGACGCCCAAGCUUCGUGGACAAGGUUGGGUUGUGUUUGACGAGUUGAUGGCUGCUAGUAACGCCUUCCGUCAAAUGCAAAAUUUUCCAUUUUACGAUAAACCUAUGCGGAUACAAUAUGCCAAGACAAAAUCUGAUUGUAUUGCCAAAAAUGACGGAAGCUUUGUUCCCAGAGAAAAGAAGAAGAAGCAAGAAGAAAAAGCUGAAAGGAAACGGCGUGCGGAGGAGACACAGCAAUCUGCAAUGCCGAACGGCACAGGUUCUCAAAGUAAUGGUGGUCCAAAGGCUCCUUUCCAUCACGGAAACGUGAAUGCCCAAGAGCAGGCUGCACCGAACAAUAUUCUGUUCAUACAGAAUUUACCUCAUGAGACAACAAGCAUGAUGUUGCAGCUGCUUUUCGAACAGUACCCUGGGUUCAAGGAAGUUCGAAUGAUUGACGCAAAGCCAGGUAUUGCAUUUGUGGAGUAUGAAGAUGAAGAUCAGUCUUCUACAGCAAUGCAGAACCUCCAGGGUUUCAAAAUUGCCCCUCAAUAUCCGAUGGCUAUCACAUUUGCGAAGAAGUAACCUAUGGUAUAACUUGGUAUACCAUGUUCUUGUGCCGGCAGGCAAUGUUCUCUCAUACAUUUUAUGUUUCAAAAUUGUGAACCAAGCUAGAUGAUUAUAUGAUCGGGGACUGGAUUUUGUUGUAAAUUGGGAAUUCCUGAAAGUAUGUUUUGGGGUAUCUGUGGCAUCAUGUGAUUGAAUUGGGGUAUCGCUUGAUGAUAAUGAUAAUAUAUACAUACAUGCAUUCAUGUUUUGGCCGUGUCGAGACAUGUGCACUAGGAACUCUUGAAAUUGAAUCUGUCAUGAUGCUUCACUUCAUUC